AUGAGGGGUUCCUAUGCUCCAGAGAGCAGCCUGGGUGGGAAGGGACGAGCACGUCUCCUGAGCCCCCGUCUGCCCCCAGCCCUGCUGCUACUGCUCUGGCACAGUGCGCUCUGGACGGUGCAAGAAGCCGCCCCCGUGGGCCCUGCCAGUUUCCUGCCCCAGAACUUCCUGCUCAAGAGCUUAGAGCAAGUGAGAAAGAUCCAGGCCGAUGGAGCAGGGCUGCAGGAGAGGCUGUGUGCCUCCUACAAGCUGUGCCAUCCUGAGGAGCUGGUGCUGCUUGGGCAUGUUUUGGGCAUCCCCCAGGCUCCCCUAAGCAGCUGCUCCAGCCAAGCCCUGCAUGUGACAGGCUGCCUGAGCCAACUCCACCGCGGCCUUUUCCUCUACCAGGGCCUCCUGCAGGCCCUGGCAGGGGUUUCCUCCGAGGUGGCCCCCACCUUGGACAUGCUACGGCUCGACGUCACUGACUUUGCUACCAACGUCUGGCAGCAGAUGGAAGACCUGGGGGUGGCUCCCACAGUGCAGCCCACCCAGGGCUCCAUGCCGACCUUCACCUCGGCCUUCCAGCACCGAGCCGGGGCUGUUCUGGUUGCCUCCAACCUGCAGAGCUUCCUGGAGCUGGCGCACCGGGUGCUGCGCUACCUUGACCAGCCCUGAAGCACACCCUUCCCUAUCUGGUGUAUUUAUGGCUAUUUAAUAUUUAUGUUUAUUUAAACCUACUAUUUAAAGGGAAGAGCGGGAAGGAGGCCCAGACUUCUGGGUCCUUCCCUCCAUCUCCAAGUUCCAUUCUCCUGCCUAUAGCAGGGAGAAAGAAUCCUGUCCUCCUGUCCCCUGGAUCGGGAGGUAGCUAGGUAAAUACCAAGUAUUUAUUCCUGUGGCUGCUCUCUUGCCCGGCUGUGUGGUGGGCACUGGGAGGAGCCACAGUGAAGCUCCUGCCCCAAGGGUACCAGCCUUGGAGCCCUUGGGGGCAUCAGGAGGUCUCCCAUGUGGGAGACAAGCCAUCCCUGUUUAAUAUUUAAACAGCAGUGUUUCCCGACUGGGCCCUGGUAUCCCUCGCUCCGUUCCCCCCGGCC